UGCCCAGGAUGAAAGCAAAGCAACUGGUCCUGCAAGACAGAAUUAGCUGUUCCUACGGGUCUGGAUCAUCCUCUUCCCAAACCAAGGGUACCAUGGAGGUGCUGCCUUCUCAGCUCGUCACCCACCCAAGGGUCCCUGGAGCCAACCUUGAGGGCUGUGGGGAGGUACCUCAGCUUAGCCCUUGCACAGUCCCAAUGGACACAGGCUCCCUGCUGCCCAAGGAUCUGCUUUCCACACAGCCAGGAGUGCCUUUCCCUACCACAGGCUCCCUGCCGCCCAAGGAUGUGCCUGAGACACAGCCGGGAGUGCUUUUCCCAAGCAGACUAUGCAACGCAAAGAGCUGCCUUCAACCCAGCUGGGAGUACCUCCCCGUCACCUGCUCCUCCACGUGCCACCUCCUCUCCACUAAGUGCCUGAGGCCUCCCUCCAGGAUGCUGCCACUGCUCCCUGCUCUUCUUGGGCACACUGCAGAACCCCCUUUGUCACUGCCUCCCCCAGAGCCCAACUUCUAAGGCACCAAACACCCAAGAUUAACAGGCUUUUAUUGCUGAACUGGACAUACACGUUGAGCCUUUGUUUGUGGUCAAAGGUGUUGAAUUCUUGCUGAUCAGCCAAAGAGUUUGUCACCAGGGAGCUUGUCCUCUGAAUGAGCUGGAUUUAUACUGCACCUGCCAGAAUACAGCUCCCUGGUGCCAUGGGGGUGCCAGGCAUGGAUGCAUUCCACUCCUAACAGCACCAACUUCAUCUGUCACCAAGGGGUGGGACCAUGAGGUCUUAGGCCAAAUUCCUCUCUAAAAAAAGCCCCAAAGUCUUUGAAACUUGAAUUCAAUGAUGUAUCUCCCUCCCUAGCUUUUUUGCAAUGAAAAAUACUUGUGUAUCUUA